GUGAACGGAAGUGACGUAGCACACAUCAACAGAACAACUACAAACCUGCAAUGAGUUUUGAGUGGCCCUGGCAGUAUAACUUUCCUCCUUUCUUCACAUUGCAGCCGAAUGUUGACACGAGACAGAAGCAACUGGCGGCAUGGUGCUCGCUCGUGCUGUCCUACUGUCGCCACCGGAAGCUCUACACUCUGGAUGUGCUCGAGGCGCAGGAAAGCCCAGUGUUCAACAACAAGAAAAUUGAAAGAAAACUUUCAGUUGAAGCUAUACAAGUAGUUUUUGAAGAGCUGAGAAAGAAAGGGAACCUGGAAUGGUUGGAUAAGAAUAAAACACGAUGUCUUAUAAUGUGGAGGAGACCAGAGGAGUGGGGCAAACUCAUUUAUCAGUGGGUUUCCAAAAAUGGUAUGGUCAACACAGUGUUUACACUUUAUGAACUCACUAAUGGGGAUGACACCGAGAAGGAAGAAUUUCAUGGAUUGGAGGAUUGGAUGUUGCAACGCUCUCUGCAGGCCCUACAGGCUGAAGGGAAGGCAGAAAUGAUCACCAUGGAUGAUGGAAAAGGAGUCAAGUUCUUUUGAAUCAGAUUUUCUUAAUUCAGACUUUGGGAUGGGGUGUUGGGUUUCUGUCAGCCCAGCAUGAUCUUUUUCCUCACAGUCCACUGGGAUAUUUUUGGACUCAAUAUUACACUCCGCUACUUAAUCAGUCAAAAGUUAAAAAGUCGAUAUUUGGCAGAUGGGCCCAAACAAAGAUUUAAGGGACUUCCUUGUUGGAACAUGUUUAAAUUGGUGGUUUUACACCUGACAAAACUGGAGGUAUGUGAAGAUUUUGUUCAUAAACAUUAUGCAUACAAAUCUGAAAUGUAAGACCAAAAGUAGAGAAUAUCAGCAUCUUAAUGUACACACAAACUUAAAUCCUUCCUAAAUCCCAUUUGGUGUACAUGGUUUUUAUUCCACUCCUUUUAUUGCUGUGAAUCCUUUAAGUACUCUAUGUUCUAUGUACAACCAAAAUGCCAGAAGACAGUCUAAUAAUCUUAGGCAUGCCGUUUGUGGAUCCUACGAUGCUUCCUGGUAAAGAGACAACGUCCUUGAGUAAAAUGUCUUGUUUCUGAUGCCAGUGAAAUCAACAGUUUGCUGAAAUUUCCUGGUAGCAUUCACUCCUCUUCCCUCGCUGUUACUUUUUAUAACAGUGUAAUACUGUACAAAUAAAUGAGAGAGAUGUUUUCGGUUCUCUCCCGCAAACCUUAAAAA